UGUGUUUGGGGGGAGGACAGGAGGAUGUUCGGGGAAAGACGCUUGGAAUGAACCUUGCAUGCUGGGAUCGGGCACUUCCGCAGCUUGGAGCUUACAAGAAGUUUUCCCGUUAAUGCUGCAACCAAAUAUAGGGACUAAAGUGAGCUUAAAACACAACUGGUUUGUGAUACUGACUAUUUAAAAGAAAGCAAGCGGAAUCUCAUCUGAGCCGAGUGCUUUCAUCAUGAGUGUCCUGCCUCCUGUUCGCAAGGACCGCAUCAUCAGCCAGCUGCCAAAGUGCUUCAGUAAAGGGGCUGCUUUACACACUGAAGAUGGAUUUCAUGCCAAAGUGAAGACAGCCUGCCAGGAGCAGAGAACUGGCACUGUGGGAUUUAAAAUCUCCAAGGUUAUUGUGGUGGGAGACCUGGCUGUAGGGAAAACAUGUCUUAUUAAUAGAUUUUGCAAAGAUGUCUUUGACAAAAAUUACAAAGCUACUAUUGGCGUGGACUUUGAGAUGGAGCGGUUUGAGGUGCUUGGAGUUCCAUUCAGCCUUCAGCUGUGGGACACUGCAGGUCAGGAAAGGUUCAAGUGCAUUGCUUCUACAUACUACAGAGGAGCUCAGGCCAUAAUAAUUGUUUUUGAUUUGACUGACGUGGCCUCGCUACACCAUACCAGGCAAUGGCUGGAAGAUGCUAUGAAAGAGAACGAUCCCACCAAUGUGCUACUGUUCUUAGUGGGCACAAAGAAAGAUCUGAUUUCCCCAGCACAGUAUUCUGCUAAUGUACAGGACGCCAUUAAUGUGGCCCAAGAAAUGAAAGCGGAGUAUUGGGCUGUGUCUUCUUUGUCUGGAGAAAACGUGAAGGAGUUUUUCUUCCGCGUGGCAUCACUAACAUUCGAGGCCAAUGUGUUGGCAGAGCUGGAAAAGAGCAACUCCAGGCGCAUUGGGGAUGUUGUUAAAAUCAGCAACACCACAAGUAACCUGUAUGCAACUUCUAAAAAGAAACAGCCGAACUGCUGUCAGUAAAUGGGAGUUAAAACCUGAGAAUUUUGCACUAAAAUAAAAGAUAGUACCAAAGCAGAAACUAUAGGUACAAGGGAGACAAUCAAGUGUUACAAAUGUUUAUUACGGAUUUUUUGUUAGGAGAGGGUGAAUUAUACAUUCCUUGUAAGUAUUUUUUCCUCUUUUUAGACAUUUUACAAAACUAUGCACAAAAAUUGUUCUGCCUUCCUUUCUGUGUGAGAUGUUUAGGAAUAAUCUUGGUGCAAGGACGAAAAUAAAACAGUGUCAAUUUAUUUAUAAAUUCUUAAGUUUACAUUAAACAGUGUAUUAACAUCAUA